UCCAUUACCCAGAUCCGAUCGUUCUGUACUCUGAUUGACUUUCGGUGUCGCGGACGCUCGCGUUUCCUCCGAUUUUUCAAACUUAUUACAAAAUUAUUUCCAUUCGUCGAAACUCGUCGAUAGGUACGAUACGCCGUACUCUCGAUCAAAAAUUCGAACUUCUCUCGCGAAAAAUUACACGCGACGCGUGUAAAAAUUGUACGCGUCAAUGUUCGUUUUUCUUUUUCCUGUUUCAACGAAGCGAACGUCAACCGUAAAAUCUAUUCGAUUGGAUGUAACGGAUGGAACGGUCCUCUCCCGCAGAGGAAAAAAGCAUUUUUGUCGUUUUCGUCGUUUUAUAACCGCCAUCACCGUGAUCGUAAGUGACCCAUUAGUGUACGAGUCGAGCUCGUUAAACUCCGUUUAACGCACACGCCAGUCAUUUCUUAAAUUCCCUUCUCGCAGAAUCGUCGGUCUCGCCACAUGUGUCUCUUCUCCUCCCUUUCCUCUUCUCUUCCUCACUAAGCUCCGGUUACCGAGUUUCUCUGUCGGGAAUGAAGAUUCAAUUUCGUUGGGUCGCGAGCGCGCAAACAUUGGUCCGUUCGUCGACGGCCAAUACGGAACGAGAUUUUUCGCGCGUGUUGCGUAUUGUGCAAAACGUAUCGAUGACAAACCACAAAUCACGUUACGACCUAUUAUUUCAAAGCGAAGUUGCAAAGCUGUUGUUCGAUCCCGUGACAUACGAAUCCAGAUCGCAUCUCUGUCAUUAGCUAAUUAAUGGUGGAACGAGUUGAAUCGGCGAGAGAAUCCGCGCGAUAUUUCUUUCGAAUCGAUCGAAGUUUUAGAAAAAUUGCAAAUUGGCUGUGAUUUUUAUCGAUAACGAAUUAGAGGAAGAGUUUUCACUUUCAGUUCGUCAGGUUCCGUGAAAUCGCGGUUUUAUCAAACAUUCAGAAUCUGUAGAAAAAACGAUGGAAAAAAAAGAAAAUAUACACAAAAAGGGAAAGACGUUUCUUUUCCCUGCUCGAAUAUUCAACGAUCCUUUUUUUUCCCCCUCUCGAUACGAUUCUCGAUGUAUUUCUCGUAUAUAUAUUCACGAUACGUUGCGAUUAUUCUUGUAAAUUGAAGAAUAAUAGGAGAAUCGGUCGCGAAAGGAAAAAAAUACUUUUGAUAUAUUGCCAAGGAAAACUAAUUAUUCCCGUAAGAUUGUGCUGUAAGUUGAUCGGAGAAUCAAAACUGAUAGCAAUUUUUGUCUCGAUCAACACAUCGACAGUUAAUAUUUCAAACGCGCUUCCGUUUAUCGAUUUGUCGAACGAAUCAAGGCGAAGAGAGAGAAAAAGAGUAGCGCGCGUAGAGAUAAAGAAAGAAAGAGGGGGGGGGAGGGGAAGGAAAGAGAGAAAAGAAGAAUAAAAAUGAAGCGAGAAAGUUGACAUUGGUCACGUAUCUGGCCACCAGAGCGUGUUAGUCGUUAAUUAUAAUCGGCACGUGACACCGGAACUCGGUUAAUUGUACGGAUCCGUUUUUUUCUCGUGAACCACCUGUCGCAUUUGCGAUUCCGCUCGAGCGGAUACUCGUUUUUUCCCAUUUUUCCCUUCGCUAAAUGGAAUCGAAGACAAAUAUUUCUCUCUCUCUCUCUCUCUCUCUCUUUCUGUUCAGACAAACGCUUUCAGUAAACUUGUUUAAUUCGAUUCACAUUGAAAACAGUAGCGUAUAGUAAUCGAUGAGCAGUAUAUAUAAAAGAACGACAAAGGAUGAAUUCUGUUAUUAGGAAGAGCGGGGAUUAAGAUCGAGCCGGUAAAUUUUCCGACUUUGGAAUCCAAGUUAAUAAUUCCCCGACCAAUUUCCGAGUUCCAAACUAUUCUCUCACGAAAUUCGUUCGAAGGCUGCGACCAAUCUCGUGCGUGUUCUUCCAUUCCACUUUUCCGCGUAACUCAAUUUUCGUAUCUACGUUAUUCUUCGUCGAUCACCAACUUGGAAACUCUCGUUACACCUACCAUGCACAUAUAGAACGCGUUUGCACGUCAAACUUGCCCUCUCGGUCUCUCGAUUUUCCAAUCCUAAUCGUUGCAAUGCUGUGUUCCUACAUCUUACAUAGUAUCCUCGAUAAGAUUUUCUUCUUCCCGUCCACGCGCGUUCCUUCGCGACUCGUUGUUCCAGAUUGGCGGAGGACGAGUUUUGCCAAUUAAUUCGCGGCGAAGGAGGGCGAAAUUUUCGGAUGUCACGGAAGGGAAGAAAAUAGGCGGUGCGUGAGAAUCGGAGGAAAUGUGCGGUUUCGCGGAUCGGAUAUAUUCUCGAGCGCCUGCGUAACGUCAGCCACGCGUACAUAUAUAUAUAGGAGGUUGCCGCUCGAGGCGUCACAUUGCGUCCUCGAGUACGUCCUUCGUCUUCCUGGGACAAGCAACGCGCAGGAUAUCUUUCGAUAUAUAAUCUUCGCUCGGUUAUACCGCGACGCGCUCCUUUUUCAAUUUCCACGAGAGGAAUCGUGCCAGGACUCUUUCUCCUUCUCUCUCUCUCUCUCUUUCUCACUCUCUCGGGCUCGAUCUUACUCGCGAGGAUCGCCGCGAUUUCGAUCCUCAUCCAAGAUCCUCCACGCGAGAGGAAGAAAAUAAAUAAAUCUUGGACUCGGAUGCGAUAAUUCGUUUCCGUAAUUGAAUAAAUCGUAUAUUUCUCGGGAGAGAAAUGGGCAAAGUAGUGAUUCCAUGGCUGAUGGUGGCGAUAGUGCCCAUGAUCGUUGCAACCAUCGAGCAGCGUGCUCUCGGCAAGAGGAACGUCCUGGCCAAUUUCGAUUAUCCCGAUUAUUCGACCAAGUACGACGAGUAUCCGGUGGUGGUACCAAAGAGGGCAGCCCUUUUGUUCGAUCGAUUAAUGGUUGCGUUGCAAAAGGUUGUCGACAAUCAGAACAAAGAAUUGGAUGGCAGUAGACCGUUCGCAAGAUCGCCUCAUCUAUCGAUCGAGAAUUCGCAAAUUAUUCCUUCUACGGACGACCAAACGAUGAAGAUGGAUCUUCAGCGACGAGGUCAAGCGAAAGGGCGUGUUUAUUGGCGUUGUUAUUUCAAUGCUGUGACGUGUUUCAAGAGAAAGUGAUAAUAAGCCAACGUAACCAGUCUUCGAAACCCGACUAUUCGCAUGCUUUCCCCGGUUGAAAGAGAAACAAAUAAAUCACACAAAUUCAGAACAAAACUAGAUCUUAAAUCCAACGAUGAAUCUAUCAUUUAUUUCGAAUCGAAUUAUUUUCUCGCUUUCGAAUCACUUCUCAUCUAUCUUCUUGAUGACUAUUUAAGUUCUUGCGUAUCAUUAUUAUGAAAUGUGGUGCGGUUGUAUUAAACAGUGUUAACUAAUAUAUCUGUCUGAUUUAUAAAACGAUCGUUAUACAAGAUUAAAUAUUAAGACGAAUCGAAUUAGACGAAACGUUAUCUAUUCGAUUAGUUUAAAA